AUGGAGGAUAAUCUACUUGAAGAGGAGGUGGCGCUGCUCCAGCUUUCGCCUGAGGUGCUUGCAGCUCUCUCCCGGGCUGUUGAGGGCUCAUCUGCGAGUUCUUCCAUGAAGGAUUUGGCACAACAUGUUUUGUAUGAUGAUGCAGUGGGCCGUCAGCAGCUGGAUAUCGUGCGUCUGCAGCGGGAGCUUGAGGCGGCCCCUUCACAGGCCGCCAAGGAGGCAGAAGACAGUAGUUCUCCGGCGGUGCCCUUUCUGAGGAGGCUGCACUGGGCACGGCUUCUGCGGCUGCUGAGUGGAGAGACACUCGAGGACUGGGCUCAUCAGGUGCAAGAGCAGCGACAGCGCUACCGUUCUCUCCGACAGCAGCAGCAACUGUCAGCUAGCCAGCUAGCCACGCUAGACCCGCAGCGAUUUCACCCUCUAGCUGCCACAGCAGGCAACCCCUGGAGCCAACGGCAGGCAGAUGAAGAGCUACAAGAGGAGAUAUGGAGAGAUAUAGAGCGAACGUACCCUGAGCGGCAGCUAUUCAACAAGGAGGGGACGCGACGUUCUUUGCAGCGGGUCCUGUUUACCUGGGCUAAGAAAAACAGCGACGUGUCUUACAAACAAGGAAUGAAUGAGAUCUUGGCGGUUUUAUAUCUUGCUUGUGCUCGCGAGGCAGUACCUUCUCCGCCUGCGGGGGAGGCCUCUUCCACUCCAUUCUCAGUCAUCUUUUCGGCAGACCCAGCAGACAUAGAAGCAGAUGCAUUUUGCCUCUUUGAUGGGCUCAUGACAGGCUGCUGCAUGCGCUUCAUGUACCUCCCUCCGCAGAAGGAGCCGCCGGCUUCUCCGCCCAAGAAUAAUCUUCUUGGCCCUCUAUUGGGGCCCCCGGGUCCCCCGGGUCCCCCCAGGGCGGCUGCAACAUCUGCAGUGCUGCACAGGUGCAAUAUGGUGUUUGAUGUUGUUCUGCGGAAGGCGGAUCCUGAAGUGUAUUUGCACCUGAAUGAACUCGGCGUGGAGCCGCAGCUGUUUUUGCUACGGUGGCUGCGGCUUUUGUUUUCUCGCGAAUUCCAUAUUGAAGACACUCUGCUCAUUUGGGACGCCCUCUUGGCUGACGCCUGGCUCUCCGUCGAGCAGCAAGGCGUAGAACCAGGCGCAGCAGGAGCAGGAGCAGUCACAACAGCAGCAGCAAGAGGUGACGUUGCAGCAGGAGGAGCACGUACGCCUGAGGAAUGCGCCGCUGCAGCCACAAAGAAGCUUCCUCUUGUCGAUUACUUCGCGAUAGCAAUGCUGAAGUUCAUUCGCCAGCAAUUGCUAGAAAGUGAUUACAGUAGCUGUCUUCGCCGUUUGCUGAAGUUUCCCCCUAUUGAAUCUGUGCAGUGUUUAGUCGCUUUGUCUCUUGCUAUUCGAAAGGGGACUACCAUGACCUCUACUGCGGCUGCCGCUCCCCGCUGCAGCAGCGGCCGCCGCAGCAACAGCAACAAUAAGAGCAUCAACAACCACGGCGGCGUUAGCAGCAGCAGCAGCAGCAGCUCCAGUCCUGGUGUCCAGGGGGCAAUAAGACACCCAGAAGGUCAUCCGAGGUUCCUUCAGCAGCCGCCGCCCCUCACGCCAACCAUCAUCAGCAACCCGCAGCUGCAGCAGCAGCAGCCCCGCGAAGCGUCUAGCAAACAAGGCUGGCGCAAGGAGAGCGCUUUUGCGAGGACUUCGGUAACAGAUGCUGCGUUCGACUCGUCGGGGGAGUCUUCUACAGCGGGUUUACUGGGAAGCCACAUCGAUGCGAUGCGCCAGGCCCUUACAUCUGUUGCUGAGGGGUGCAAUGACCUUCCCGCGUCGGUUACGGAGGUCCUCGUUUGCGUCGCGAAAGAUUUAGGCGCCCUGAAGACGGUCCUGCAGGGGGCCCCCUACUCUGCGUCUGUCUUCAAGUUGAUUCCGGGGUCCCCUCAAAGGGUUCCACCCGUGCUCCCUCAUGGAGCUCCUCUGCAGAGGUCUCUACCUGCUGCUGCUACUGCUGUUGCGUCAGACGAGCGCGCUGAGAGGCAGAAAGGCCAAUGUGCAGCAAAUGGAAAAGAGGCAAAGUUGAAGCCGUGA